AUGGAGGAAACCAACUGCUGCAAACUUAAGAAUGUUCCUUCAGAUUUAAGAGGUUUUGUAGAACAAGAAGAAUGGAAAGAGUUUGUAAAACGGAGAUUGAGCGACAAAGGCAAGGAGUUGUCUGAAAUUGGCAAAACGGUACAAGCUCACCACAAAUAUCCGCAUAGGAUGGGACGAAGGACCUAUGCUGGAUUAAAGGACAAACUGAAAAGAGAAGGAAAGUGGACAAGUGAUUCACCCCCUCCACGAGAAUUAUUAUGGAUACUUGCACGCCAAAAUGAAAAUGGGGAGUAUAAGACUGAUGAGAUUGGUGAAGUUGCUCAAAUUGAUGACUGCUCGAAAAAGAUCAAAGAGGGUACAAUUGUCUGUGAAGGUAAGACAGAUGCCCUUGUAAAGAUUUUGGGUGAAGAACAUGGUGGAAGAGUAAGGGCUGCAGAGAACUGGAAGAGCAACUAA